GUCGCCCCCAUCCAUCGUCCCCGCUGCGGACACAUCCUCUGGAUCUCCAUCCGCACCAUUCCCUCUCAUUGUGGCGAUUCCUGCGCCCUUUGGUCUUGGCUGUCCAUCUCUCUAUAGAUCCACGAUCACUGGGCUUCUGUCUUCAACUUGCCACCCCAAUGGCUGCCGACAGCAAGAGCAAAUGGGACGGCAUACAUGCCUGGGAACGAGAGGCCGCCCGAGCGCCAGCAAACCCGCAGCAAUCAAUUCGGCAGAUCAACAAUCGCAAGUGCAGCCCACCUCGCCCGGCCAGCGAGCGGCCUUGGAUCCACUCCCCCAGCACCGACUCGACUCUGCGACGAGAGCCCUCGCAGCAACAUGGCCAUGGCUCGUCGGGCAACCACCGCAGCCAUGACAGUGACAUCGGCAGCCACACUCGUCCCAAGAACAGCGGUGAACACAGCACUCGCUCCGGCUCUCGAGGACAGUACAUUGACGACCAUGGCCAUGCGGACCACCAGCAUCAUCGAGAGAGCAAGCACCACCACCGCUCCAGUCGCCACGACCCUCACCACGCCAGCCCAGACUAUGAUAUCGAUGGCCGCAUCACCAACGGAUAUCGCAAUCGCUCUGGCCAUCGCAGCGACCCCAUCAACUCGGACUUGAACGAUGAUAUACUCGCCGACCACUCCGGAGCACUACGGCACCACCACGAGCCGCAUCGGCUGUCGGGAUCGCUGGAGAGCCCCCGACGGACCCGCCCGCAGCAUUACAUCCGUCACGACGAUCGCCAUUCUCGUUCCUACGACGACCAAGCUGGUCACUCCAUCGACAGCCGCCGUCAUCCGCACGACGACCAGCGCUCGGAUUUGCAGUGGCCAUCUCCAGACCGGGUAUCACGAGUGCAAGCGAUUCCCAGUCCCAGCGGCUCCCGAUCCAUCGUCGGAGCUGCCAGUCGAAACGAAAGGGAUCGCUGGCAUCACGAUGCGCACAACUCGGAUCUCUACCAUCCCAGCGAUCUCCUCACCAGCACCAACGAUCUCCUCACCAACCCGGCUCGCAGCCCCGAUGCCAGCAGUCGCUAUGCACACAGCCCAAAAGCAAAGAAAACCGUCCGAUGGUCCGAGUCCGAUCCUCCGUAUGCACAAGCCCUGCCUCGAUCUGCGUCACCAACGAGCCAACCCAGCACGGCCCACCAUCGUCCUCACAGCCCAGACAAGCCUGCCAUGAGCCAGUACUCGGCAUCGCCAACGUCCCAGCGCAGAGUCGAGGCACAGCGGGGCGAUCCCACCCGAAUAUGCAUCACAAUCACACGAACGGAUGCUCCGCACAGCCUUGCCGUUGGAUCGGAGCACUCGCCCAAGCACAGCGAUGCCCCAUCGUCGCAGCGGGGACCCAGAGCACGGCCUAUCGAACGAGAACAGGCUUACUGGAGACGCAAGCAGCGCUCCCCGCAAAGGCAGCUCGGCGAUGGAGACAGGAGCGACCCCAAUCCCACGAAAACGUCAAGGACAGUACUUGCGCAUGCAUGGGAGGAGUGUGAUGGUGGGCCACAGGCAACGGGAGAGUCUCGGAUCCACGGAACAAGUGCUCGUCCGGGACACUCUUCUUCCGGUGUCGACCGCCAGAAAGCAUGCCCGGACGACGACGAGGCCGGCGAACCGCUGCCGGCAACCGAGCAUCUGAACUGGGCAGACGAGUGGGAAGAGAUGGAUUUCAGCCAGAAGCCUGUUUUCGAGUGACCAGCCAAUACAGUGCCCUCGGUGCUGGAGCAAUGCAAUGGCACUCUGCGGGUCGAUCGAGACCUUGUCUGGACAGGCGCAUAACCACUCCAUCGAGCGUCUGCGGCAUGGGUCGUUGGGGAUGGCUUCGCCCCUGGCCCAGGAUUCGUGCAUUCCCACUUCUUCCU